UGUCAGCGGUGGUUAUGGAGAUGAGUAGGCUCCACGAGCUGUCAACUGGUCGGUGAUGUUCGGGGGCAGAUUUCUAUAAAAAUAAACGCAAGGACGCGUCUCUCUAGUCCAACCCGCUCAUCGACACCAGAUAUUAACUCUCAGAUAUGGGGAAAAAAACACACAUUUCUUGUUUGCUGCUUCCGUCAGUUUCCAUCAGAGAGAGAUGCCAGGGAAGAUAGGAUUCAUUGUGGUCAACUCUUCAAGUCAUGAGGGCAACUUCACUGCCAAGGAGCUCAUGGUCCAUGCACCCACAGCCACUGGCUGGAGAUCCAGCAGGCUGUGCUCUUACCCUCAACACGUCACUCUCCAGCUGGUGGAGAGAAGUCGGGUGAGGAAGCUGCAGCUUCUCGCCCACCAGUACCUGAUCCCAGCUAAGGUGGAGUUCCACAUUGGAGACUCCCUCCCUGAAACCAGCUCUCCAGGGCAGCUUCGCAGACUCGGGUAUGUGCCUCUGUCAGACAAUGAGAAGACGGGCUUCAUAGCUCGGGAGCUGAAGUCGGUCUACGUUGAUGCCAUUGGAACUUACCUGAGAAUAACCUUUCAUAAGAACCACGUCAACAGCAACAAUCAACACAAUCAGGUUGCUUUGGUGGCCAUUAAUGUGCUGGGAGAUUCUUUGGAUGGCAAUGCUUUUAACACAAUUCCAAGCAGAGAGCAGCUGAUCGACCACUACCUCAGUUGUACUCAGCAGGAAGCUGCCUUGGACACAACCUUCAUGGGUCUCACACCCAGCAAAUAUGAGUCCUUCUCCCCCUUUGACGACCUGGCUUUCGAAAUGUACCAGGACCCCCAAGUUGCUCACCUCAUCCGUCUCAUGGACCAACAGAAGCAGGACAUGGUGCAGCAGGAGAAAUACGAGCAGGCCAAGUAUCUGAGACAGGCCAUCGCUGACCUGCAAAAGGUGGGGGAGCGCUUGGCUCGAUAUGAUGUGGAGAAGCAAUGUGCCAUAGAAAAGGAAGACUAUGACCUGGCCAAGAAGAAGAAGGAGCUGAUGGAGGAGUACAGGAGGAGCGUCUACCAGCAGCUGGAGGACUGCAACCUGUUGGACACAACAAUGAUCGCAAGGGCGAUGGAUCCGCCCCCUCUCCCGGAUCCCCCCCCUCUGCUGCCUUCUCCAGGUCACUGUUCAGUCCCCAUCAAGCCCCUUGUGUCCACAGACACAAAUAAGAAGGAGAAAAAAGCUAAUACACCUCAGAAACAACAGUCAGCCACAGAAGCUGCCAAACGAAGCUGUCAACGUGACAGCCCCAGCACCCCCGCUGCUGGACCCAAGUUAGAUUCGACCAGUUCGCCUCAUGAUGACAGGCCGCUGCCAGCCCAGAAGAGGAAGGAACAGCCAGUGGAGACCGUCCAGAGUCCUCCAGAGCAGCAACCCCCCGACCCUCACCCCCACAGGAGCCCACCCAGCUCCGAGAUGAGCGGAGAGCCAGAGCCCCUGACCGAGCAAGCCCAUAGAGAGGCUGGACUUCCUAUAGAUGUUUAUGGAGAAAGCGUGGUGGCUUGGGCAUAUUCCAAAAGCUGGUCCAACAGAGAAAAUGCUCUGCUGGCUGUGCACAAGAGGCUUUUGGAGGUUUCAUCCACCACCCCCAAGGAGGAGCUGAGAAAGAUGAUAAGAGCUGCAGUCCUCCUGGUGAAAAAGGCCCUCCAGGAUAAAGUGUCAUCGGUGCUCCAGGCCUCCUUGAUGCUGCUGCGGCUAAUGCUGAACCAGCUGAUCCCAGGUCUGGGCUUAGGCCGGUCUGAGGUAAUCCACUGCGUUGAGCAGACCUGGCCCGACCUGCUGCUCAGGACUGGAGACCCAGCCAGCCGCCUGCGGGCCGUGGUAUCUGCCUUCAUACAGGAGAUAGCUGUUUUGAAGGAUGUCCGGGCCUUGCAGGUAAUCCCCGCUGACCUAGUGAAGGCCAUCAAAUUCAAAUCCCCCCCUCGUCUGGCUCAGAGUCGGGUGGAGCUGCUCGAGAAGCUGCUCGCUGAACUGGGCACAGAGAACUCUGGCUUCACCGUGGACAACGUCAUGACGUUCUGUGCCGUGUCGCUGAAGCACACUGCACCGCCGGUUCGAGAGGCGGCGCAGCGCAUCGUCUUAUCCAUGUACCAGCAGCACAGAAGUGCCAUUCUCAGCUACCUUCCAGGCAGCGAUGAUCCUGAACGCAACAGCUUCCUCUACAAAACCCUCUUUGAUGGGUUUGCCAAAAUUGACGGAAAGCUGGUAGAGACUCAGACGUUGAAGAAGGGAGGUGGUCAGCAGGAGGGUCAAAAGGAGAAGGAGGAGAUCCACACUCUUCAGGAGCAGCUGGCUGCCUUGAAAGAGAUCACAGAGAGAAGCAAUGAGGGCACCAAGGGACAAAUGACCAAGAAGGAAACCCCUAGAGUUGAGAAAGAGUCCCAAAAAGCUGGCAGAGCAACUGUCAGCAAAGUGCCGCAGAACAAGAUGACAGACCGAGCAGAAGUCCAACAAUCUAGCAACUGUCUGGACAACUUGUGUAUAUUCUGUGGCAAAAAGGACGAGUCAUACACAGAAGAUGGAUUGGACCUUCAUUACUGGAAACACUGUCCUAUGCUGCGGCGCUGCAGUGAAUGCAGACAGGUAGUGGAGAUAGCCAGCCUCACAGAGCAUCUACUGGGUGAAUGUGAGAGCAAUUCCAAGUUCAGCCAAUGUCCGCGCUGCUCAGAGGCCGUGGCUUCUGAGGAUCUGACUCGCCAUGUCCAGGGUCCUUCCUGCAACUCUCCCGUCUCCGGUAAAGGCUCCAACCAUUGUCCUUUGUGCCACAACAACUUCAUGCCUGGGGAGGAGGCCUGGAAGGCUCACCUCAUGGGCAGGGAGGGCUGUAAACAAAACUCACGCAGGACUGCGGUGUCCCAGAGAACCCAGCCAGCACAAGGCAGGGCUGUUGGAGGAGCCAAGCUGAAGCAGGCCUGGUCGGUCGGGGCCAGAGGCAGACCCAUUGGCAGAGGCAGUCGGAUCCCAGCCCUGGCUCCUCUGGCCAGAGGACAUUCGCCGGGGAAGCGAUGAAGCUGGUUCCACAGAAGCACCUCUGGGGACAUCCCAGCAUCACUCGAGUAACUCCGCCCCACUUCCACGCGUCCCUGUUCCCAUGCUCCUGAAUAAAGCACUUUUAGAAACGGCAUAGGACGGCCUCCAGAUGUAUUAACUGACGUAUGCAAUAGGAUUUUAAAGGCCAGGCCAGGCUUUUGUUUGAAGCCAUUAAUAUGCUAGAGCUUUUUAAGGCUACCAGAAAAAGGGAAUACAUCUGUCUUAUCAGCUUAUGUACAGUCUGGCAUUACAACAUGGUAUUGUAUUCACUUAUUAAGACAGUGUAGAUGUACCGUAUUAUCUCUUCUUAAAUUCUUGUCAUGUAUUAAUUAAUCAGUGACAGAGAAUCGACACAGUGAAGAGAUGAAUGGACUCUUUUAUCUAAAGUCUGCGGUGUCUCGUAAAUGUGCUGACAUUGCUGUUUUAACAAAGAGGGAACCGUCAGUGCGAACCACCAAACCACCAUGUCACCCUGGAACAAUAUCUAGUUUGUAUUUACCAAAACACGACCGAUAGCGUAUCUUCGUUAUACCCCGUGUGUUUGGUAAACAUGCACGACUCGGAGCUCCACACCCUCAGCCCACAGAACAGGCUUCUGCUUAUGAACACGUUGUCUCCGAGCCCCAGCUGAGAUCAUCUCCAUGACGUCAGAGUGACACCAUCGGGGUUAGUCUCUCAGUCUUGACGAAGCUAAACACAGAGACACCCAAGACAUUUGUUUUCACGGGCUUGUAAACGAACAUGUUUUCCGAUUUGCAGUUGUGUACGAGCUGUUUAAUGUUGCUUUGAAUGUGAACUUUUUAUUGCAUCAUGGUCAAAAAGGUACUUUUCAUCAACAGUGGUGUCUGAGCAUGCUGGUCAAAACAGUCCAUGGGGAACAAAGGAUUUCCAGAAAACGUUUCCAUGCUUUUAAGUUGGGACCUUUUUCAUAGACAGCGUGACAUCAAUCAAUUCUUCAGUGAUGAUGUCAUCAUUCACUGACACUCAGCCACAGACGAUGACGCCGUCUGAUACGCGGAAUCGCUCCUUUGCUUGUUGAAGGAGUAAUGAGAGGAGAGGAGCGAUCAGGUUCAGUUACAAGCACAGGACUCUUUCCUCUGACACAUGCUAGCAGUCAACGCUUCGGUCCUAAAGCCAUUGUUGACCCGGUGUAGCUUUACCAUCAGCUGCACACUUUGAUAUCUGUUUACAUUUUUCUUUUGGAGUCAGUUCAUUCAGGACUAGAGCAGCCCUAAAGGGACAAUUCUUUCUUUUUCUGCUGAAAUUAAGACUUACUGUAUUCUUCCUCUUAACGCCUGUACCGACAAUCCUGAGUAGAUGGCUGGUUUCUGUGCUCUCGGGUUCUAGUGAGAGACAGAGUAGGCCAUUUCAACUUCAACAGAAUUGUAGAAUUUGAAAAAAAGAUGGAGAUGAAUGUAAGAUUUAGAGCAGCACGUAUUCUGCUGGAUGUGACAAUGGCUGACCGGCACCUUUUCAAGUGCUUCAAUGGCUUUAAACUGAUUUCAACCACAAUGUCCAGUUAAUAAAGUACUGAUAUUCUCCUACUACUGAUGUACUUACUACACAGGACUGGGACAGUGUUGAUGUUAAUAUAUCUGUGGUUCAACAACAGUUCGCGCAGAAAUAACAAAACGUCUGUGAGUCUCUGAACCGACUUUAAAAAAAUGUUUUGCGGUGGUGUCCGAUUUUUAUAUAUAUGAUACGAGUAUGGACAGUUUGUGUGUGAUAGCGUCAACUGUUGUAUUACUACACAAUCAACUUAACUAUUCCAAAGUAGCUGAUACACAACCGAGUAUAUAUUUGGUUUCUAAGCUGCCAAUCAAUCAUAUUGGCUUUAAAAUGCUUCUGUAGUCUGUUGCAACAGUGGAUAUUUAAUUGUUUUAUGAAUACAUUUUGGCAUUAAAUGACUUUUUCUC